AUGCACCUUCAGGGGAUACCGGACGAGAUCAUAUGUAGGGCCUUCCCCACCACGCUGAGGGGUCCUGCAAGGAUAUGGUUCAGCAGGCUGACGCCCAACUCCAUUAGUUCCUUCAAAGAGUUGAGCGCCCAAUUCGCAUCGCACUUCAUUGGGGAACACAGGUAUAAGAAGUCUACUACAUGCCUGAGGAAUAUUAAGCAGCGGGAGGAUGAGACGCUAAGGUCCUACAUAACCCAUUUUAAUAAGGAGGCACUCUCAACCGACGAAGCCGACGACAAGAUCUUCGUAGCAGCCUUCACGAACGGAUUACGAAAGGGUAAAUUUUUAUUCUCUUUAUACAAGAAUGACCCGAAAACCAUGUCAAAUAUGCUUUACAGGGCCACCAAGUAUAUGAAUGCCGAAGAUGCACUGUUGGUCCUGAUACAGAUCAAAGAUGAAGGAGCAUUAACUUUCCCCGGCAAAUUGAAAGGCAAUCCCAGCAAGAGGCCUAGGGAUAAGUAUUGUCGUUUCCACCGAGACCACGGCCACAAUACGUCUGAUUGCUAUGACUUGAAGCAGCAGAUAGAAGCCCUCAUUUGUCAAGAAAAGCUGCAGAAAUUCGUAGGCAAGGAAGGAAUGGAGCAAAACCAAGGUGCACCAGUUCGAAGAGAGAACGAGUGA